UUUCUAACAAAAAUGUCACUUCAACUCUUGACGUUGAUCUCCGUCGUUGUGUUCUCCACCACAGAAGCUGCUUCGGGUCAAGAGGUGACGAAAGCAGUGGGUGAUCAAGUUUCUUUUAAACUAGACAAAAUUGUUUCUCCUGUCACCAGCAUCACAUGGAAACACUUAAAAGCUGGUGAAUUAACUGUGAAGGCGAUUGAAUGGGAAGACGGAGAAGAAACUACAGUCCUGAAUGCGAGAUUCAAAGGCAUCACGACUCUUAAUACAGGGACUGGACAAAUCACUAUUACUAAUCUAACAGUCGCACAUACUGGAGUUUAUACCGUUGACCUCAGCGGUAAAGAGCAGACACAAAGAUUCACCUUGAAUGUUAUGGAGCCGGUCCCCAAACCUGUGAUUAAAAUAGAGGCG